AUGCAAGGAAAUAACACCAACUUCACCUACAUACACACCAAGCCAAUUAUCAGCUGUGCGGCAUUCCAGCAUUUCAUUCAUAAAAAUGCCUUAACGCUGAGUGUCUGUUUGGGUAAGAGCGCCGAAGUAGUAGUACUGCGUGCGAAUUACGGCUACCUAGUGGAGAACGCAUGCAAUGCACAUGUAAUCCGCCCACCGCUUUACUUAACGACCACCACAACAGCCACAAAGAAACAUAGCCGUGUUGGGUAUUCAGCUUUUGCGUGCGUCGUCGUCGCUUUAUUAGUUUUCGCACAAAUUUCGGCACGCAGCACUGCCACUCCAUUGACGCAGCAAGCAGACACUGAAUCAGAAUCAUUGGAAUCAGCUGAGGAUAUAUUGGAUUUGUUGCAUGAACUGGUGCGAUUCAGCCAUGGGGAACACAAAAUUGACGGUACAGAAGAGUUUGGCGAAAAGCAUGCGCUUAUGCGACGCUUGUUUAAGCGGCACAAUGCUGACGAACCAGAGUGGCAAAAUGUUUGCGGACAAGAUAGCGGCUGGAGUGGAGAUGAGGUGCCGGAGGAUAUUAUUUCGGAUUACACUCAAUUGUACUUCAAAACCCUACGCAAAUCUGUACGCCUGGAGUACAAAGCAUUGAAAAGCAAAGCAUUCAACGAUAUCGAUAUCGACGAUAUGAAGGCAUGGGCUCGACAUUACCGAAAGUACAAAUUUUUGCCUACAUUGGAGCACCAUGCAGCCAUUGCGCCCGUUUGCUGGCAUCAAAGCAUGCAAAAAUUCAUCGCCUCCUUUGCAUAUCUCUAUAAAAUCCAACAACAUUGGGAUCAGCAACAUUUGCGUACACAAAGUGGCAUUGCACGAGAGUUGCACGGGCUGUUGCAGAGCGCUCGGCGCAUACAAUGCGAAAUCGAAACAGCCAUCAAGGGUAGCUUUCCACGCGAUAAGCGCCAGCUUGUAACCUACACGCGUAACGAUAUGCUUGCUCUGAUAAAUUUCUAUACAAAGAACUCCACUGCUGGUGGUGGUGGUGGUGGUGGUGGUGGUGCUACGGCGGCGCAACGUGGCGUGCACUCCACCGAUUUACGUUUUGCCAAAUUUUUCUAUCAAAACUAUCUGCUGCGUAUUUGGAAAUCACUGCCUCGCCAUCUCAAAAACAUACAACUACAACACACUUGCGAUAAACACACUCACCACACCCCAAUACUCGACAAUAGUUUGGACAGUGAGGAGUCAAUAAUGAAUAGCGAAAUGGAUGGCGAUUAUGAAGAAUAA